AUGGUGAGAACCAGGAAUCAGAGGAUGGGGAAGAUACCUCAAAGAGGAGUCACUGGUAGCUCUUCACAGUACACUAGCACCGGAGAAUCCUCGAACCCACUGUGCGUCGAAGAAGAAAGCCCUCCUACCGUAGUAAUAGAUCCAGUUCCAAUUUCCAAAGUCCCCUUCGGCGAGCCUCAAGAACAGAGCAACGUCCCACCAGGUAAUCCGAAUCUUCCUCUAGUUAGCCAUGAUGAACAACCCAAUUGUAUGCCCAUUUCGGCUGAUCUUGGGGACAAUAGAAUCGUUGACCCGAACGAUCUAGUGGUACAAUUAAGGUUUGCCAUAAAUCGCGGCUGGGAACCCGAUUUAUCUUCCUAUGUUAGCUUCGAAGAAGAGAUGAAUCUAAGGGAGCCAGAAGUUGAGGAACACGACGAACCUCAAAAUCAAGAGGCAAAUCGUCCUCCCAGCCCUCAAAACGAAGAACAUAUCAUAGCUAUUGAAACCAUUCCAAUCUCUCGGGUCAACAAGAACCCUAGAAAAAGGAAGAAAAGCGACCAGGAAAAGGGGAAACAGAAAGUGGUUAAUAAUGCUGACAUGUCAAACCUACCAAAACCCCACAGUACAACCUUUUUAAGAAAGAAAUCUGUCAACUUAUGGAAAAGAAUAGUGGAGAAAAAGAUCAUCAGCCAAAAGUUGCUUAUCAUAGACAGACUAGACAAUUCAGAACAGAUUCAGGAAGUUCUAAUCACAAACCAACUCUUGGGAACAGUCACCAAUAUUGAGCCCUAUGAUGAACAAGUGAUCCAGGUGUUCUAUUGCAACCUGACAAAAACCACCUAUAUACCUAGCAGUCCUAUGUAUGGGAAGGUAUACUUGAGAGGCAACUUCUAUGAUUUCAGACCGGACACUAUCAACAGCUAUCUAGGGACACCUGAGACUGAACAAAACAUGGAAAUAAACAGUGAACAAGUUGCACAGGAACUUACAGCUGGAAAUGUCAGUUUUGAAAAGAACAAGAUCAAAGCAGCCUCCUUAACAAGCAAAUAUGCCAUCUUCCAGAAAAUAGCCCUUGCAAACUGGAUGCCCUCAUUACAUGAAUCCACUGUAAAAUGGACCUUUGCAGAACUACUAUACAGGAUAGGGAAAGGAGUUAAAAUCAAUAUGGGUACCAUCAUCCAUUCACAAAUCACAAACCUAACAGAAGACACCAAAUCCAACACUUCUCUGAUUUUUCCAAACCUCAUAUUUGCCAUCCUGACAAAGCAAGGCCUCAAAACCCAUGGACCAAAGAUCAGUGUCAAGAACAUCAACACUACAUUAAAACUGAGAAAGGGGAACCACCAAAAUGAUCUGAAGAACUCAGCUCCAAAGAACAAUCCACUUGAUCCCAAGACACUUUUAAACUACUUUGAAGGAAGAUUGUCAGAAUUGGAAAUCUCAGAAAAACAACUCCUAAGGAAACACAUGGACAUCAAGGAAGAAAAAGCAGAAAUAAUUGAAUGGCUAGCAAUCCUAAAAACAGAAAAUGAAGAAGUUCAUGAUCAGGAAGGAAAUCAAGGAUCUGAAGAAGAAAGCCAGGAGAAUGUUGAAACCCCUGUUUCAACACCAGAAACAGAAGACAGAUCAUAA